UCAGAUAGGGAAAAGGCAGGUCACUUUCUGGGAAAAAGAGAUGAAAAGGAAGAAAAUGAAAUGGUAUGGCAUCUUCCCGAUAAGUGAUGCCGAUUUAAUUUUCGGCCGGCCGAUUUUUUUUAAUGCUAAAAGACUUGGUGAUGGUGGAAUAUAAAGUCAAUUACUUAAUUACUUGAUGAUUUAGUUUAACCCUCUCUGUUAAUGCAAAGUGCCUCUUAUCACUUGAUGUUAAUGGCUUCCUCUUCUUCUUCUUCUUCCAUUUCUCCUAAACUAGAAUAUGAGGUUUUCCUUAGUUUCCGUGGUGUGGACACUCGAAAAAACAUUACCAGCCAUCUUUAUGAAGCCUUUCGUCAGAAAAAGAUUAAAACUUUCAUUGAUGAUAGCCUUGUCAGGGGAGAAGAAAUUUCUCCAUCUCUUUUGAAGGCAAUUGAACAUUCGAAGAUCUCGGUUAUCAUUUUCUCUAAAGGCUACGCUUCCUCCAGAUGGUGUCUCAAAGAACUUGAAGAGAUUGUUAAAUGUAAGAACACGUAUAAUCAGAUCGUAAUACCAGUCUUCUAUGACGUAGAUCCAUCUGAUGUCAGGAAUCAAACUGGGGAUUUUGGAAACGCAUUUGCUGAGCUUGAAAAUCGUUUUAUUGGUCAUUCAGAGAUGUUGGAGGGAUGGAGGACUGCUUUGAGGGAUGCAGCCAACCUUUCUGGUUCUCAUUCAAAGAACUCUAGGUAACUGUAAAUUUUUUUAUCAAGUUUUUUAUGUAAUAAUCUUUUUUUUUGUUUUGGUAAGUACUUUAAAGCUACAAAUUACCAAUUUUUAUGUAAUAAUCUUACAUACAGCAGUUCCAUAUGUUUUCUAUUUUUAUUAUCUUUUCCAGAUUUACUGAGGACAGAUUCAGAUGGUCAAAAAAAAUAAUCAAUUGGAAGUUUGACAUUAUAUUUUAUACUAUGCUAAUUUGGGUUGGGUUCUUGUUGUAUGUCUUCUGGCCCAAAACACAUAAAGACUUAAU